CUGUGUCAUCAAGGGGGUCUAUUAAGUUUCUUUUAAGGAUCACUUUAAAUAGUUAGCUGCUGUGUGUCACUCUCUGUAAUGUAUCUCUCCGGAUGUUUUUUUUAUUAAUCAUUUCUUACACUUGAUGUUACAGUAUUUUGUCCGGCAGAGGAGCUCCUGUUGCUGCUAAACUCCAGACUGCGAACAACAGAGCCAACAUGGAGAACAGCAAGCCAGUGAAGGAGGUGCUCCCCCUGCCUCGACACCCUUCCUCACUCCCUGUGACCUCAUCCUGUCCUGCUGCCUCUUUAAAAGGACACACCACAGGCUCUAUCCAGCAUGUGCAGGUGGCAUCCUCAGUGGUGUCAUCGUUCAGCCAUCUGAAGCCUCCAGAGAGGGAUCUCAGUCUGAUGUCUCACAUGAAGUCUAUAAAGUCUCUGAGACACGCUGGCAUCACUGCAGUCUUCACUGGACAAGCGAAGCUGGACAGUGAGCAUCUAUUGGAGGAAGUGCCAAUAGUAGAUGUGAUUUUGGCCGACAUCGACUCCCUGGUGCCCACCCACGAUGAAGCAGGCCGGCCCAUAGCGGAGUGGAAACGACAGGUGAUGGUGCGGCAGCUGCAGGUCAGGCUGCAGGCAGAGGAGGAGCAGAGGAGACAGGACCUCCCUGACGACUGCACACCAGUGGAUGGUUGGAAGUACUCACAAGCCCACAACGCAGUCUUGGGGCCCUUUGGUGAGCUCCUAACAGAGGACGACAUGGUGUACCUUCAACAGCAGAUUGAGACUGUUUCGCUGCAGAAGCGCUGCCAGGCCUACGAGCUGGAGCUCACCAGGCUGACCGAGGAGCUGAGAUCCAUUUUGCCUGAGCAGAUUCUAAACAUCUCCCUCAAUAAAGAGGUUCUACAGCAGAUGGAUGCGGGGAAAAUGCAGCUGACUUUGCCAGUGUGGUGCAGCCGUGUCUCUGAGAUUGUCAAGAAUAUGUCACAGCUGGUCUCUAAUCUGACUCAAACCACAGAAGAAGGGGGCGAGAUGGGGAUAGUUAAAGGCAUGAAGGAGGAGAUGAAGGGUUUGCAGGGGGUAAGAGACAGUUUAGGAUUUUAUUUCGAGCAGGAAUUGAUGGGAGAGACAGUGCCAACACAUGGGGACACCUCUAGCGGAUGUAAAAUUCCUCAUAUAGGAAUGGCGUCAGCUUUCAGCCAUCGCCUGGAGACCAACAGCUACAGCAGAGCACGCAGGGAGAGGGUAGAGAGGGAGAUCCAACAGUCUGGGGUGUCGGUCAGAAAUCUCCGAACUAACUUUGAAGGUCAGAUUGGGGGUAUCUAUCCCUUUGCCGGGGUUGUGAAAGGAGACCAAGUAGCACUUGGAGCAUCAGGAGUUAAGAAACAGAACACCAACACAGUCCUCCACUGUGAGGAUAAACAUUAUCCUUCUAAAAAUGUCACACCUGUGAUGGAGAGUACUAGUUUAAGAAAAGAGCGUAUAGUGGUGCUGUUCCUGAGCCACUGGAAGAAAUCUGCAUAUGCUAUUUCAGUGAGAGCAGCCAAGCAGGGACAAGGACAGAAAUUAGUUGCUGGGAGGGAAACAGAAGCUUCAACCUCAGAGAAAAUCCCCUCCAUGUUUCAGUUCUGCAAACAAAGAGGCGCUGUGGACAAGAUGCUCAACUCCUGGAGGGUUAAACUAGAACUUAAAGAUGCACAAAAGUCGCAUUUGUCCUCCUCUAACUCUUCCCAAAAUCCACCGCUUCGGGGGAUAUACUCUCCGGAGCAAUUCCUGCCAGAUGUCGAUGGUGUCGCAGUGACCCACGACAGCCUGACGCUUGACCUCUUCAUGCUGGGAUACUUUCACAUCCUGGAGCAAGAGCUGUCACCCGAGGAGAGGAAGAUGAGGCACCUCCUCUGCUUUGAAGUCUUCGACCGCGUCGGCAGUUUCCCUUGGGAGAUGGUGAGGGACUUCCACAAGGCUGUUCUCCGGGAGAUCCAAGCUGAGAGGCGACAGUGGAGCAGCGGCUUCGAGGACAUCAGCGUUCGCUUCUUUGGAGACGCCAAACCGCACUGUCCAUCCCAAUCAUCAAGUUGCACACUUGUACCCAAAGUAGUAGUUCAAACUGCUUCUUCAGAUGAGAAUGGAGGUGACACUGACUUCUCCUGUUUCAACAAUGAAGAAAUUUGUAAAUACAUUGACCGCAGCUUCACGUUCUGGAAGGAGAAGGAGGCCGAGCUGUUUGAUUUUGAACAAUAGCAAGGUGUAUUUCAUGUUUUUGCACAAAAUGAAAACGUGUUGGUGUAUAUAGUUUGGCUAAAUGAGCAGUGUUGUAAAAUACUUUCGAGGAGGCAUCAGUAAUGUAUUACCAUUGCAGACUUACUUGAGAAGGCAUUUUAAAGUAAUUGCAAUGUUAAUGGAGAGUUAGUUGAAUGGUACCAAUAAUAAAGGUGUUUGUUGGAAAGCAGAUGCUUCAUUGAGAAGUUCGUUUUAAUGGCUGUGAAAAUAGUUGUUGAUGAAUAGUAGGAAG